AUGCCACCAAAGAAGCAAGUUGAAGAAAAAAAGGUUUUGCUAGGUCGUCCUGGUAACAAUUUAAAAGCUGGUAUAGUCGGUUUGGCUAACGUCGGAAAAUCCACUUUUUUCCAGGCAAUUACUAGAUGUCCAUUGGGUAAUCCAGCCAAUUAUCCUUUUGCUACUAUUGAUCCAGAAGAGGCUCGUGUGAUUGUGCCAUCUCCAAGAUUUGAUGCUCUUUGUGAUGUAUACAAGCCGGCAUCGAAGGUUCCUGCUCACUUAACGGUGUACGAUAUUGCCGGUCUAACCAAGGGAGCAAGUAAAGGUGAAGGGUUAGGUAAUGCAUUUUUGUCUCAUAUUAGAUCUGUGGAUUCUAUUUACCAAGUUGUGCGUUGUUUUGACGAUGCCGAAAUUAUUCACAUAGAAGGCGAUGUGGAUCCUGUUAGAGAUUUAGAUAUUAUAAACACAGAAUUGAGAUUGAAGGAUAUAGAAUUUGCUGAGAAGCACCUGGAGGCUAUUGAAAAAAUUACCAAGAGAGGUGGCCAGUCUUUAGAAGUCAAGCAAAAGAAAGAGGAGGCAGUUUUGGUAACAAAGAUCAUUGAGUUGUUGAAAUCAGGACAAAGGGUGGCCAACCAAAAUUGGACCACAAAAGAAGUGGAAGUUAUCAAUUCUAUGCUCUUAUUGACCGCAAAGCCAUCCAUAUACUUGAUUAAUCUCUCUGAAAGGGAUUAUAUUAGAAAGAAGAACAAACACUUGCUAAGGAUCAAGGAAUGGAUUGAUAAGUAUUCCCCCGGAGAUUUGAUCAUUCCUUUCUCUGUCUGCUUAGAAGAAAGGUUAUCCCAUAUGGAGCCUGAAGAAGCUGAAGAAGAAUGCAAGAAAUUAGGAGUUCAAUCUUCUUUCCCAAAGAUUAUUACAACCAUGAGACAAAAGUUGGACUUAAUUUCUUUCUUCACUUCCGGUAGUGACGAAGUUAGAGAGUGGACCAUCAGAAAAGGUACCAAAGCGCCACAGGCCGCCGGUGUUAUCCAUAAUGAUUUGAUGAACACUUUCAUUUUGGCUCAAAUCAUGAAGUAUGAGGAUGUAAUGGAAUAUAAGGAUGAUAACGCCAUUAAAGCAGCUGGAAAGAUGCAACAGAAGGGUAAGGAUUACGUUGUUGAAGACGGUGAUAUAAUCUAUUUCAGAGCUGGUGCUGGAAAGAACUAA